ACAGGGGGCGGAGCCCGCCCCACGGCGGAGGAGAGCCCAGUCCGGUCUCCGCCUCCGUGACGUCCUGGGAAGCGCCGCCCACAGCUGCCCGGCACUCCAGUGAUCGCCGCGGCUCGCUCGCGCCCCGGAAACUGCCCCUUCUCGGGGGUCAUGAUGGGCAGCAAGAUGGCGUCUGCCAGUAGGGUCGUUCAGGUAGUCAAACCACACACUCCAUUAAUAAGGUUUCCUGACAGAAGAGACAAUCCUAAACCCAAUGUAUCAGAAGCUUUGAGAUCAGCAGGGCUACCAUCUCACUCUUCUGUAAUUUCACAACAUUCUAAGGGAAGUAAAUCACCAGAUUUGCUGAUGUAUCAGGGUCCACCAGACACUGCAGAAAUAAUAAAAACAUUACCUCAGAAAUACAGAAGGAAACUUGUGUCUCAAGAAGAAAUUGAAUUUAUCCAACGUGGAGGUCCUGAAUAACCAUGGUGGCUGCUGUUUGUCAUCAGACAAUAGAAUUGUCUUUACAAUAAAGGACUUCCAAAAUGACAGAUGAGAAACUGUAUAUUAAACACCUUUAAUAAAUAUUGUGAAAAAAAUGAAAUAUAGAAAAUUUAGAUGGACACUUGUAUUUCCUAAUUUAUGUAUCUUGGUCAGCUUCUCCACAAGCUUACCUAAUUGUUUAUAUACUUUAUACUUAUUAAAGUAUACAUUUUUAAAUGUUA